GUGUACGGAGCGGUGACGUGCUCGGUCAGCUGACAGGGGGCUGCGGAGCGGUGUAUCCGUGCUGGGAUUCCUCGUUCUCCGGGGACAGGACAGGAUGGCCGCCGAGAUCCACUCCCAGCCUCUGACCCGCAAGCCGGUGUUGCUGAACAAGGUGGAGGGCUCGCAGGACGUGGUGAACAUGGCGGUGAUUGUACCCAAGGAGGACGGGGUGAUCAGUGUGUCUGAGGACAGGACAGUGCGUGUUUGGAUAAAGAGAGACAGCGGUCAGUUCUGGCCUAGUAUAUAUCAUGCAAUGCCAGCUCCAUGUUCAUGUAUGUCUUUUAAUCCAGAAACCCGGAGGCUGUCCAUAGGCCUGGACAAUGGUACCAUCUCAGAAUUUAUUUUAAGUGAAGAUUAUAACAAAAUGACCCCAACAAGAACAUAUCAAGCCCACCAGAGCCGACUGACAAUGGUUCUGUUUGUCCUGGAAAUGGAGUGGAUGUUGAGCACAGGACAGGACAAGCUAUUCACAUGGCACUGUUCAGAGACGGGGGAGCGCCUGGGGAACUACCGCACUACAGCCUGUGCUUCAUGUCUGCAAUUUGAUGUGGAGACGAAACACGUAUUUGUCGGGGACCAUUCUGGACAGGUUACGAUUCUAAAACUUGAACAAGACAACUGCAGCCUCAUUACCACAUUUAAGGGACAUACAGCUGGGGUGACCACCUUGUGCUGGGAUCCAGUUCAAAGACUUCUGUUCUCAGGCAGCUCCGAUCAUUCCAUCAUCAUGUGGGACAUUGGGGGACGAAAAGGAACGGCACUGGAACUACAAGGGCACAAUGAUAAAAUCCAGUCCAUCUCCUAUGCCCACCAUUCCAGGCAGCUCAUCUCCUGCAGCGCGGAUGGCAGUAUUGUUGUCUGGAACAUGGAUGUUGAAAGACAGGAGACACCAGAAUGGUUGGAUAGUGACUCCUGUCAGAAGUGUGAUCAGCCUUUCUUCUGGAACUUCAAACAGAUGUGGGACAGCAAGAAGAUCGGCCUCAGGCAGCACCAUUGCAGAAAAUGUGGGAAAGCAGUAUGCGGUAAAUGUAGCUCUAAGAGGUCCAGCAUUCCUCUCAUGGGAUUUGAAUUUGAGGUCCGCGUGUGUGACAGCUGCUACGACACUAUCACAGAUGAGCAGCGAGCUCCAACUGCAUCUUUCCAUGAUAGUAAACACAACAUUAUCCAUGUAAACUUUGAUCCAACAAGAGUCUGGUUAUUGACUUCAGGAACAGACAAGAUCCUUAAGCUGUGGGAUAUGACUCCGGUUGUAUCUUGAUGAUGAACGAACUAUGGACAGAUCCUGACCUACAGGCACAUGGAGUAGAAGACUAAGGACUCUGGAGCACACUAACCGGAGAAUGUAGAAGUUAAAGUUUUAUAUUCAGCCUUUGGAGACAAGAGCUUGUCAUUUUUAACUGCUAUGUUGAAAAGUGUUAACUAACGUGAGCCGGGACUCCUGACAGCUCCUCCUCCUCCUUUGCCUCCUCCUCGGUUCAACUCAACCUCCUUUUGAAUGUUUUGAUUUAGUUUGGCGUUUACCAUUUGGAGGUUUAUUGUGCUGCAUUCUGGAGCUGUAAUUGGCUCCCCCCUCCUAGUGAGAAUAUUUUCAGGGCUCAUUUUAACUCUCUGCCUUUUGCUCUUAAUUGUGUGUACUGCAGUAUUCGGGUGGCACUUGAUAUGCAUGGUGGCAUCUUAUGACAAAACAGCCCUAUACUAUUUACUACAUGAAUGGCAGCUAAUUUAUUCUUGGUUCUAUGCCACAUUUUAUCUCUGCAGUUUCACACCAGAAACAUAAACGGCUAAUAAUAAUUUGAAUUUAUUGAUUAUUACAACCAUCCUUAAAAGAAGAUGAGAAAAUUUUUAAGGCCACUAAACCUAAAAAGCAAAAAAUCACUGCUUGACUAUAAAAUCCCCAUACUGUGAGCUUAGGUAUUUAUAAUUUCUUGAGGGUUUGCUGUAUGGCUGACUGCAGCCUGGUAUCUUAUAUUAAACACGGUCUCUGGCUCAGGACUGAAUGCAGAAUUCAAGGACUUACUGCGCAUGAAGUCACCAGUGUAUUGUAUUUCAGAUCUCUGAUUCACUUGGCACCAUUUAUUUAUAUCUGAAAUCGCUACACAACAUUGCUCAAAUUUUAGCAAAACUACACCUGUCUCCAAAACAUGCUCUGGUUGGAAUUUUACGACCUGCGUCUGGCCACAUCACUUUAAAUAGGCCUAAAAACCCAUCUAGUACUGUGGCUCAUUGAUAUACUUUCUGUUUAGUCAGCCAACGCUUGGCAAAGAAAUCAGACGCAGCCUUCUUUUUUUUUUUUUUUUUUUUUUUUUAACACAACGCCCCAGAGGAUUUUUUGUAACCUACCUUGUAUUUUAGGUUUAGUGGCCGUUUAUAAAAUAUUAAAAAAGCUAUAAAUAUCCCCUAAAGAUAUUUAUUUAUGUUGCAGGUAAAAAUCUCACUACUUUACAGGUGAUUUCUAAAUCAGCGUAAAUAACUCUUAAAGGGACACUAAAGGCAGAAAUGUUUUUUUUUUU